UAGAAAAAUGUGACGCGUUCCUGCUCUUCUACAAGAAGCAAGCGUAGAUUGGUAGAGGUGGACGGUAAAAGUGGGGCUCAGAACGCCAGAGAACACGUCCAGCGGUCAGGAUGUAUUCAGGCAGCGUACAGGACAAAAAGGUCCCUGGUGUGGCGGGGGCAGGGGCAAGAUACGCUAAGAAAAAGAUAAAGUCCUCCAAGAACGGCUGGGUGGGGAUUGACGAAAGUGACGCCAAACUGGCAAAUCAGGACAUAGAUGACGACCUGUCCCACUCACUGGACAGGAUCCACCUCCAGAAGUACCGCACGAUGAUAGAGAGAACCUACGACACCAGAGGCAUCAGGAGACAGCACACCGACCUGUCCAUCCAGAGGGACAUCGCUCAGAAACUCGACCUCGACUCCGCACUGAGCAGGCCGCCGCGGUCAAAGCUCGAACGGCCAGGGAGCAGCUCCCUAGCGGAUUCCGGCAGGACUGCAGCUGGGAGGAGACCGAGAACGGCAACGUCGACUAGCGGCAGGCAGAAGAAUCGCAGGAACGCCACGGCUGUCGCUCCGAACCGUGAGCGUUUGCUACGAACCAGAAGCGCAGCCUCUUUUAGUGGAAAAUCAGAAUCAGACGAGAAACGAGAGAGGACUUUUUCAGUGGACUCAGAACUUUCAGAGAUCUCAAAAAGUGGGAGUAGUGAGACCAGUACUAGUACUGAAGCGGACAACAUGAGUGUUGUUACUGCGGGUACGCAACCUAGACUACUAAGGAGAAACAGGCCGAGUACGGUCUCGGGUGACAGAGUACUCGAACGUACAAAUAGACACCACAACGAUCCGUACUAUGGAAAAUCUCCCUACACAUUGACGACGUCAACGUAUUCGUUAUCGGGAGCUGCACUAUCACCUAAUGCCAUUAGGGGGCGUCCCAGACCGAAGACAGCCGUUCCGCCGACUCGGGCCACAUUAAGAAACUCACGGGCCGAGGCCCAGUCUUUAAGACUAUUGAAAUCUAAGACACACAUAGACGAACUACUUGGAUCUGAGAUAGAAGCCAGGAGAAAAGCCUUGGAGGAACAGAGGAAAGCGCUGAAGGAGGAGACGGAAAGAAAACUUCGAGAAAAGGUGGAAAACUUUUGCCAGAGAUUGGACGAAUUUAAGAAACAGCAGAAAGACGAAGCAAAGAUGUUCCGACCGAACUUAACAAAGUUUAAUUUCGCAGACUUUUAG